CGCCGUCCACGCGCUAACAGUCGAGCGUGGCUGUCUGGCUGUGACUCGUCGCUCGCUGAUAGCGGAGCUUAAUCUGCGGCUGGCUGGUGCAACUGUUACAUGUAACUGUUACUGAUAAGUGAUAACCGUCUAGACGUCGCAGGCUGCUGUUCGAAUCGAGAGACGCCGUGAGGAAGUCUGCGCACAAACAGACACGAUGCAACUCCACUUAUUCUACAAAAUAGUUCAGCUGUUGCUGAUUGGGAUGACUACAUGCAAUGCUGCUCGUAUACUGGGAAUUGUGCCAUUUGAAGCAAGAAGCCAUAGCAUCGUAAUGACAGCAUUACUUAAGGAACUUGCGAAUAGAGGCCAUCAAUUGACAGUUCUUACUGCUGUGCCUCUUAAAGAAGUGCCACCAAAUUACACCCAGAUACCAACAGAUGUUAAAAGAGAACAAGAUGAACAUCAAAACCUGUUUGAUAUUAGGGACAUGAGUUAUUUUCUCAUGAUUCCUUUCAUGUGGCACAUGGGGAAUGUCUUAUCAGAGCAGACAUUGGCAAGUCCAAACGUUCAGAAGCUGAUACAUUCUUCUAAUGAUAAAUUUGAUUUAAUUAUUACUGAAUCGUUUUUUGUGGAAGCACUCUUAGGAUUUGCUCAUAAGUUUAACGUUCCUUAUGUGAGUAUCACAACAUUUUCAGGAACUGAGAACAUGUACGAUAUUGUUGGCAAUCCAUUUCCUUAUUCUUAUAUUCCCAAUAUAUUUCUGCCUUACAGCCAUCGUAUGACGUUCUUCCAACGACUUAUUAAUACUAUAGUUAAUUCAAUGGCAAGUAUUGGUUUUCACUUAUACUUUAUACCAGCCCAAGAUGCUAUUAUGAAAAAACACUUUGCCAAUGUACCAAAUUUACCCUCAGUUGCAGACAUUGCAUGUAAUGGCUCUUUAUUGUUGCUAAAUAGACAUUUCAGUUAUAGCUACCCCAUACCAAAGGUUCCAAAUUUGAUUGAAGUUGGCGGAAUGCACAUCAAACCACCGAAAAAACUUCCUCAGGAUAUGAAGAAAUUUUUGGAUGAUUCAAAAGAUGGUGUUGUAUACUUCAGUAUGGGCUCGAACCUACAGAGUGCUGAAAUGAGUGUUCCCAAGCGAGAAGCUCUGCUAAAAGCAUUCGCUAAGCUUAAACAAAGAGUUCUGUGGAAAUUCGAGGAAAAUCUUCCAGGUGCUCCCAACAAUGUGAAGAUUUCUAAUUGGUUUCCACAAUCGGAUAUCCUAGGUCAUCCGAACCUUCGAGUUUUCAUGACUCAUGGUGGAUUACUGAGCUCUCAGGAAGCUGUGUACAACGCAGUGCCCUUGGUUGGCAUUCCCAUUUUCGCCGAUCAAGCCAUCAAUGUCCUCCAGGCUGUCAACACUGGCUAUGCCUUGCAACUAGACUACGAAAACAUCACUGAAGAAUCUGUUUAUUGGACGCUGAAUGAAGUGAUCAGCAAUCCCAAGUACAAAGAGGCUGCGAAGAGAAUAUCUGCAGUAUUCCACGACCAGCCCCAGACGGCCAUGGAGCAAGCCGUGUUCUGGGUCGAGUAUGUGCUGCGCCACAACGGAGCGCGCCACCUGCGCAGCGCGGCCCUGGACCUCGCGUGGUACCAGUACUACCUGCUAGAUGUCGCCGCGGUGCUGCUCGCAGUUGCCGCCGCCGCCGUCGCGGCGCUGGUGUGGCUGCUCAGGACACUCGCGAGGCUGGUGCUGCGGCCGGCGGCGAACAAACCGCCCAAGUCCAGCAAGAAGAAGGACUGAUAAGCCAUUCUUGCGUUACAGCGUUCACCUCCGCGAGGCUGCUCUUAGGGUAGGUAUUUGGUUAGCUGCCGGGAGCUCAUUAUUCAGUAUUUUUAUGUGUAAGUCACCAAGUCUUCAUGAAUAUGUAUAAUAUACAAUGUAGCAUAGUUUUUGCAUACCUACCUAUAUGUACAUCUGAUAACUGAUAUUUUUUAUAUAAUAAAACUAAAUUCUAAUUUCCUUGGCUAAUUGCACUCUCGGCACUAUAGUGGGCGUCCAUUUUAUUUGUUUGGCACUUUGGUCGGUGUCCAUAGGUGGGAAGUUUUCGCUGCUCAGUCAGGGUGGAUCUAGAUGGCCUUCAUUUCUUUAUUCUUUCUGGUGUACAUAAAGUUAUGCAAAUGUGAAUGUAGUUGUUAUGAGAUAAGCUAGAACUGUACUGUAAUGUAAGCAUGUUUGUUUCUUUCAUGUAUUUCGAAACAGAAAUAAAACAUUGAAAAGAUGAAAGUAAAAAAAAACCCUAAA